AUGAAUGUUGAUAACAUUAACUACAAUUGCUCAAGAGGGACAUUUCAUUUUUCCUGCCACUUUUGUAUUUAUUUAUUUUUACUGUGUGGUCGACUUGAUAUCUCUGUUUGCAAGUUCUCGUUGUUUGGUUUUUCGCCAGAUCAAAUCACUGUAGAAAUACACCCUAGACACAGCACAUCGCGGAGCAAAAAGAAGUUCCCCUUCAGAAAAGGAAUCCAGGUGUUUCCUGAGUGGACAGGGAAGGACAAUGAAGGGUUUCAGGAUGGUGGAGAACAGGGAUCAAGGCUGUCUAAGGGACAAGAUCUGUACGAUUACCCAUGGGAUAAAUCCAGUCUGAAAACAAUACCAGUCGACUUGACGCAGUUUAAGGAACUGGAUGCCUAUGCAUCAAAGGUAAAUGUCAGGAAUAGCGUGGCAAACCUGGUGAGUGUCUUGCUCCAAAAAGCCCACAGUGACCUGGAGAAAGUCCGAGCCAUUUGGACAUGGAUUUGCCACCACAUAGAAUAUGAUGUGGAAGGCUACCAUAACCUUGACAAGGUGUCUUGUGCAGCAGCUGAUGUCCUUCAAUCAGGAAAGGGCAUUUGCGCUGGAUAUGCCUCACUCUUUGAAGAAAUGUGCAGUAUUGCAGGGAUACAGUGCAAGACGUUGUCAGGGUACGCCAAAGGGGCUACGUACAAACUAGGGAAAGUCUUUAAGGGAGCGAGUACUCAUGCUUGGAAUGCUGUCCAUCUUGAUGGAAGGUGGCACCUUUUGGACAGUACGUGGGGAAGUGGCUACGUGGAUGACAACAACAAAAACUUCGCUUUCAGAUACGAGGAGUUUUACUUCCUUACCCACCCUGCUCUGUUUAUUAAUGAUCACUUCCCAGAAGACCACAGCUGGCAGCUUCUGAAACGGACAUUAUCACUGCGGCAGUUUGAACGCAAUGUGUGGUAUUGGCCUGCCUUUUAUUCGUUAGGACUGACUGGCACAUCCACGGCAACGUCAGUCAUCGAAACAGAAAACGGCAAGGCAACUGUUUUCAUUGAGAGUCGUUCUCCGACCCUCUUCCUUUGCAACCUCAACGGGGCAAUCGAACACUGCUUCAUGAACCUGCAGAGGAACGGGAUGACCCUGGAAGUGUAUCCUCAAGAGGUGGGGACUCAUAUUUUGAACAUCUCUGCCAAACCUUCCAAGAGCAAGGAGAACUACAGCCAUGUGGUAAAAUACUCCCUGGUGUGCCGAUCUGUGGAUAAGAGCUUCCGCUUGCCCAAACCGCUCUUCUACCCUAUGGGGCCCAGCUGGUCAUCGGAGGAGAAGGGGAUCCUGGAGGCUUCGCCCGAUAGCCCCAUCAUACACACUGAUGACGGCCGCUGUGUUGUCACUUUCACUCGGUGGAGUGACCUGGACUUCUUUGCCACCCUGGACUCGGAUACCAGCCGCACGCCAGAGAACGUGCGGAGGCGCCACAUCUGGGUAACUCGCUGGGGUACUAAGGCUGAGUUGAAGGUACAGCUCCCUCAUGCAGGGACCUUUGCUCUUCACAUCUGGGCAAAGAAAGCAUCUGAUCCGGGCAAAAGUCAUUGCGCCCUCAGCUACCUCAUCUCCUGCCCAAAUAAGGAGGUGACGUGGCCGGUUUUCCCACAAAGCUAUACGAACUGGGAGGAUGGCUUUGAGCUGGUGGCACCUCUCGCCGGUGUCCUGCCGGCCAACCGCGAUGUCACGUUCAAGCUCAAGCUGCCUGGUGCAGAUGAAGUGUCUGUCGAAUGCAGAAAGUCUCGCCCACUGAGGCUGAGUGAAGACGGUUUCUGGGAGGGAACCUGCAGCACCUCAGGUGGCUCCACAGUGACAGUGAGAAUGUCAAAAAAUGGCAGUAAUACCUUCUGGUCCUUGUUGGAGUACAAAGUGGAAAGUCACUAGCUAGUAGGAGACAGACUCAGUGGGAGAGUUGUGAGCCACAGAUUGCUCCAUCGACUCUGAUGUGGCAGAGCAGCUCCACAAGGCCACCUCCUCCCUCAACUGUCAUUUUGGGGCUGCCUCAGUGGGGGAGUUAGGAAGCAGGGCUCAUUUCAUCAGCUUUGCUGGAAGCCCAGUUCUUUCAGGGAACCUCUUGCCCCUGAACUGUGGCAGAUGGUUGUAAUGUAUUUAGUUGUCUAUGUUUGCCUGAGCUUGAGUCUGGACUAAGGAUUCUGAGCUCCUGUGUUAUGAUUUGAUACAUGGUGUCCAAUCACAGAACAUUUCAGGAUUUGGGCCUCUGCCAUUGGCUCUUGAACUUUGAGUUGUUAUUCACAGCUUGGAAGUUUAGACAGCCAAUCAUGUGGGGAGUGGGAGCGGCCCAGGCUUUCAGGAAUGUAUAUAAGCAAUUGCUUUGCCCCUGUUUCCCAGUUAUGUAGUUCAAUAAAGGUUC